AAAAGCCAGUUUAAAACAUUCAUAGCAAAUCGGAUUUCGACUAUUCAUAGUCUUACUAAAGUAGACCAUUGGAGAUUCGUACCUUCUAAAGAAAACAUAGCAGACUUCGCAUCCAGAGGGGUUAAGUUUAACAUCGAUGAUGUCAAGGUAUGGGAGGAGGGUCCAAGUUUUCUCAAGAAGCCAAAGGAGUGUUGGCCUGCUGUUGAUAUACAAGGUCCUGAGCCCCACCUUUUGGAAUUAAAGAAAACAAUGUCCACGCAUGUGAUGGUUGAAGAAUCCACUGUCGAUCUACUUAUCAAUUAUUAUUCAGAUUGGACUAGAUUACUUAAGGCUAUUGCAUGGUUGACCCGAUUUAAUCUAUAUUUAUUGAUAAUGCGUUCUGGUAGAACAGACCUGUCUCUACAGAUGGGUAUGCUCAGAGUUGGUGAGUUAAAUUUAGCUUGUUUAAAUCUAAUUCGAUAUGUCCAACGCAUACUAUUUCGGAAAGAGAUUGAAAUGUUGUCGUCUGAUACCAUUAUCAAGGUGAAAAUAACAAAUUCACCGUUACGAACUUUAAAUCCAAUGAUGAUAAACGGAUUAUUAUGUGUCGGUGGCCGACUUCAAAUUAGUUCCUGGCCCGAGUCGAGGAAGCAUCCUAUAAUAUUACCAUCGAAGCAUAAAAUUACAAAUUUGAUUCUACAGUAUUAUCAUAUUUUGGAAGGACUUGUUGGGGCUACACAGGUAAUGGCAACAGUUCGAGAAAAAUUUUAG